AAUAUAUGUUUUUCAAGUUUUCAAGUUUUGUAAAUUUAUUUGAAGUCAUCAGAUGCCAUCCAUAGGAAUUGACCUCGGCACAUCUAACUCAUGCGUUGCUGUUUACAGGAAUAAACAGAUCCAAGUCGUUGCCAACGAUCAAGGAAGUCGACUUACUCCGUCUUUUGUAUCAUUCACAGAAGAUGAACCAUCUAAUUUUGAGGAUACAAUAUUCCAAAUCAAAAGGCUGAUUGGACGAACAUACGAUGAUCCCAUGGUGCAAGCUGAUAUGAAAACACUAGGAUAUAACGUCAUCAAUGACAAAAACAGACCAAUCGUCCGUGUGUCAUACAAGAAGCAAGUCAUGUUCUUCACUGCCGAAGAGAUCAGCGCAAUGAUUCUUGAAUCUCUUAAGCAAACAGCGGAAGACUAUUUGGGCGAGCCAGUUACCGAUGCCGUUAUUACAGUUCCUGCUCAUUUCAAUGAUGCACAGCGUAGUGCAACGAGAGAUGCAGGAAUCAUAGCGGGCUUGAAUGUUUUACGAAUGAUCAACGAACCCACUGCUGCGGCUCUAGCGUACGGGAUAGAGACCAAUGAUAAACAAAACAUUCUGAUAUUUGAUCUUGGUGGAGGAACAUUCGAUGUCACAAUUUUAAAUAUUGAAGAUAAUAUAUUCCAUGUGAGAGCUACAGGGGGUGACACACAUUUGGGAGGAAAUGAUUUUGACAAUCGAUUGACGGAACAUUUUAUCGAGGAAUUCAACGAAGCAAACAAAUGCGACAUAUCGAAGGAUAAACGUGCGUUAAGUCGGCUGCGUGUUCAAUGUGAAAUAGCUAAAAAACAACUUUCAACUUCUAUAACGGCAAGACUCAUGAUUGAUGGAUUUUAUGAAGGCAAGGAUUUGAAGAGCAGUAUUACACGAUCCCAGUUUGAACAACUUAACCUUGAUUUGUUCAACAAAACGAUCCAGAUUGUUGAAAAGACACUUUCGGAUGCAGGAAUGAAAACUACAGAGAUUGACAACGUUGUGAUUGUUGGUGGAUCAACAAGAAUUCCAAAAAUUCAGCAACUUUUGAAGGAGCUUUUCGAUGGCAAAGUCCUGUCUAAAAAGAUUAAUGCUGAUGAAGCCGUAGCAUAUGGUGCAGGAGCUUUGGCAGCUAAGCUGUCAUUUGAUACACAAUUCGCGUCUGACUUCAAAGAAAUACAUCUUUGGGACGUGUUGCCGCUGUCAGUUGGUUGGAGAAGUCUUGGGGACAGAAUGAACAUAGUACUGCAAAAAAAUACCAAAAUACCCAUCAUUGAAACAGACGUAACACCGGUAACAACCAAAGAUAAUCAGACAAAAGCUAGAUUUUAUAUUUACGAAGGGGAGCGUGCAUGCGUUAAAGAUAAUCAUUUUCUCGGAAGUGUCACUAUUGAUGGCAUUCCACCAAAACCGAGAGAAAAAGAGAAAUUUUCGUUAUGCUUUGCAGUUGAUGAAAGUGGAAUACUAACUGUGAGCGCUCGUAACAUCAGUAGUGGCAAAGAAAAUCAAGUCGUAAUUUCAAACAACAGAGCAAGAUUAAGUGCAAAAGAAAUUGAACAAAUGAACAAGCAAGCCGAAAAAUUCAGAAAAGAGGAUGAAGAUUUUAAAACACGAAAUAAAGCUCGAAAUGAUCUUGAAGAUUUUGUCUAUGCAAUCAAGCAUUCAGUAGACGAUCCCGAUUUUGGAGACAAAAUGUCAGAGCAAUACAAAAAGCUUAUCGUUGAAAAAUGUACAGAAAUAUUAAACUGGGCCAAACUACAAGGAAAUCCGGAAAUUAGUGAAUCCGAAAAGAAGAAGAAAGAACUCAAGAAUUUCUGUGGACCAAUCUUUGCCAAGUUACACGGUGGAAAAGCCUUUUUACAGAGCCUAUCAAACUGAUAACCGUCAACUUCAAUUUUAUGUUCUAAUCAUGAUAGUGAUAGCUACCAAUGUAUUAAUAAAUAAGCUCGUUGGUAAUGCAAUUAAAUAUGACCACUAAAACAUAGUGUGAUGUGUAGUAUUAACCAACUAUUCAACCUGAAUCAUUAUAAUCACUCAAAAAAUAGAAGAAUCGUAUAUGUUGUUCCCUUUUAUAUAUAAAAUAACAUUGUACUUAUAUUAAUAAAAUUUGAUAGUGCAUUUCGUCAAUAACAAAUCUGGCAUCUAGUCAAUGUUUGCGAAUAUACUUUGUUAAACAACAUUCAUUCUAGUAAGAUUUCUUACUUAUGGACCGAUUUUUGGACCCUAAUUGUAUAGCUAUUGAUUUUGGAAAAUGAAUUUUUACAUCUAAGCAUUGUUCUUUUGGUCAUUGACUAAGCGUAAUUCGGAUGUUUCUUUUUUUUUCAAAUUUCCAAACUACCCACAAAAUUAAUUGGUCGUGACUUUCCAGAGUUUGAAAUGUAUAUUGGAAACAUUAGUUGCAAAGAUCCAUUGCUUGAUAGUUUAUGAAAUUAAUUUGAAUCUACUUCAUCUUGAGAUUUUAAGUUUUUAUAGUUUUAUGCUGAUCUUAAUCCAAUCGGUAUGAGUGAUUAUUAAACUAGUAUAUUAAUUUUGAAUGCCUUCAUUUAUGUAUAUUCAAAAAUAUUUGUUUAACUAUUUUUCAACUCCUCCAUGACGAUCAUAAAUAUCGAUCAUUAAUGUCUGCAUCGAUGUGAGGGGACGCAAUUUUGGUAUAUGGCCCGGGUGGUUAG